AUGCGCAUCACAGAGCAGCUCUUGCGGCAACGCUCCGAGCACAAUGACGGCCUCUUGUCGGAGCUCGAGGAAGUCGCGCUCCACCAGUUUGAAAUCGAGAAGAUCGAAAAUAUUGACAAGCUGUGCAAGCACCUGAAAAUCCUUCUCCUUCAAAACAACAUCAUCGAGAAGAUUGAAAACGUACAGAGACUGAAAGAGCUGGAGUACCUGAAUCUGGCUCUGAAUAACAUUACGAAAGUUGAAAACCUCAAGGGAUGCGAGAGCUUGAAAAAGCUUGAUCUAACCGUAAACUUCAUCGACGUUACCGGCCUCGAAGAAUCCGUCUUCAACUUGCAAGCCAAUGAGAAACUGGACGACCUUUACCUCAUGGGAAAUCCGUGCACCGAAUGGGACGGCUGCCGGCUGUUUGUCGUCGCACAUCUGCCUCAGCUGAGGCAGCUUGACGGCAGGGUGAUCACACCGACCGAGCGAAUCGAAGCCGCCAGGCGCCUGCCCGCUCUGAAGAUGCAAUUGGUUGAGGAAAUCCGGAAAAAACAAACGAAUCCGAAAAAAGAGGAGUCGGCGACCGCGUACACUACGGAAAACAGGAAAAAAAUGUAUCUUGACAUGGCACGAGUAAGCCACUCGCACACAAAGCCCCGCUGA